AUGGGCACCCUCAGCUGCGACGCCCCUGCUCGGUCACCUCUGGGCCGACGGACCACUGACUGCCAGAUCCCCGAGACUGGCCUGCGGAAGUCACGUACAUCAGCUGCCCUGGACACCGGUACGGGCACUUCUCUUCCAUCCACCAUCAGCUGCGUCCAGCAAGACAGCACCAGAGUGGUCAACACUGCCUACUCCGUGCUCCAGAGACCUAGAGAGGCAUUCCCUGAUGAUGCCAGCCCUGGGCCAGUCUACUUCCUGGACCCCAAAGUCACACGCUUUGGUCGAAGCUGCACCCCUGCCUACUCCAUGCAGGGCCGGGGCAAGUCUCGGGGCCUAGAAGUGACACCAGGGCCAGGGGCCUACAGCCCAGAGAAAGUGCCCCCCGUGCGCCAGCGGACGCCCCCGGCCUUCACGCUGGGUCCCCGCCUCCGCCCACAGCCCCUGGACACCUCUGUUCCUGCCCCCAAUGCCUACGUCCUGCCCUCCCUUUGGGGUAUGCAGAUCUUCAUCAAGCCCAGCAGCCCCAGCUUCACGGUCCUGGGCCGCACGCCCCCCAUCCGUCCCCCGCAGGACCCUGCGGAGAUGCCAGGCCCUGGCCAGUACAAUAGCCCUGACCCUAAUGCCUAUAGGCUCCGCCAGCCAGCCUUCACCAUGCUGGGCCGGCCCCGAGCCCCACGCCUGCCUGAUGCCACUCCGGGCCCUGGCACCCACUGCCCUGAGCAGGUGACUGUGCACAAGGCCAGGGCCCCAGCCUUCACCAUGGGCAUACGCCACUCCAAGCGGGCCACCACUAUGGCCACAAAUACCAUGCCCUAA